AUGAUUAAGAAAAAAACGUUGGUUAUUAUGGUGACAAUUUUAUUUUCCGUCAUAAAUAAUUUUUGGCUACAAUAGAAACAGGUAAAUCAUUUCACAAAAUAUUCACCCAAAGAUAUUUUAAUAUUUAACCGUUUGUGGAAUCGUUGUCUUCAUAGAAUUAGAAAAUCUUCUCACUUUUGGAACCAUCAAAGGAUUUCGUUUGUUCAAGAUGUUGGGAUCAAUCGUUCCCCGUCUCAUAAAAAUGUACAACGAAUUGAUGAAAAGCAACGAACAACAAUUGAACUCGACUGCUUUGAUCAAAGAAAAAAUGGACAUCGAAACAGCGUUAAAUUUAAUUUACGUAUGCGAAAAGUUGAUCAUAUUUGGGGAGCAGGAGGAGUUGAUUAAAUUGAAUAAAACUGUGAACGAUUUGAGAACUUUUCGUAGCACAAUCAAGAAGUUCAAGUCUUUCCAUUGCGAAUGCGAAGAAACAAUGAGAUACAUCCGUCUGCUUUGCAAAGCUGGAAUGGGUCUCGACAAUAAGUUGCCCGAGUUGGAGGAGAACAUUGAAGUCGUGUCGUGGGAUGUGCGGAAAACGAUCAGAAGUAUAAUAGCGUUGCAUAAGCAACCGGACGACGCGGAUCUAAAAAUCGAGAAGAAAACGAACAUUAGCGAAUUGUUGGAAACGUUGGAGAUAAACGCAGUUCAGUACGAUAGAUUCGAGACGCGUUUGGAACAUUUAAUCAACUAUUUGAAAAUGAAACUGAAGAUUAGUGAAAAUGGAUUGACUUAUGUUCACGAAGCGGAUGAAUGUUUGAGAGGGAAGAACGACAAGUUUCUGAGAGACGGUGGGUCGGAGGUUAACAAAAAGCUUAAAGAAGGCUUUGUUGAGUCGACUUCGCUGAAUCAAGAGGUGCUCGGGAAUUCGUUGAAAGAAGUUAUGAAGAUGAGAGGAUUUACUUUUGACAAAGACGUGAAGUCGGGGAAGAUUGAAGUUAAAGAGACAAAGGAGACAAAGGAGACGCAGGAUUUGAUGAAGCUUCAUAAUUAUGUUCUGGAUAUAGAUCAGUAUAUCAGAGUCUUCCAGAAUCUUAAUAAAUAUACCAAACUGAGGAAACUUCAAACAGCCGACGUCGAUUUGCAACAAUUGAAGAUGGAACUUUGCCAGGUUCAAGGAUAAAUUAAAUUCUCAUAAAUUUGAUCUUAUCGAAUUCGUACUUAUGUUUUAUUUUCAAUAUUAAGACUAAAGUAUGUUAUUAAUAUAUAUUUAUUAUUAUUAUUACUGU